AUGUCCAUUAUAUGUCUAAGUUACUGCUCAGCUUUUGCCCUAAGCAGCCUAGGUCUCACCCUCCACCGCACCCACCUAAUCUCCGCCCUACUAUGCCUAGAAAGCAUAAUAUUAUCCAUAUACAUUGCCCUAUCCGUACUUCCCACCGAAAAUCAAGCAGCAUCACUCACUCUAACACCAAUUCUCAUGUUAACAUUUUCAGCUUGUGAAGCUGGCACAGGCUUAGCUAUACUAGUAGCCUCAACCCGCACCCACGGUUCUGACCACCUACAAAACUUAAACCUCCUCCAAUGCUAA